CGCUGUCAAUCGAAACUACUCCUCUCUCUUCUUCCUCUCUUUCUUCCCAACGCCAUUCCCUUGGGCCCCUUUCUUCGUCCUAGGGUUCUCGCAAUAAGGGCCAUCGGGCGUAAUUGCGCCACAAAAUGUACGGAUUCGAAGCGCUGACCUUCAACAUCCAUGGCGGUUACCUGGAGGCCAUCGUACGAGGGUACCGUUCGGGGCUUCUCACCGCUGCCGAUUACAACAACCUGUGCCAAUGCGAAACGCUGGACGACAUCAAAAUGCACCUCUCCGCCACCGAGUACGGGCCCUACCUGCAGAACGAACCCUCUCCAUUGCAUACAACUACAAUUGUGGAGAAAUGCACCCUUAAACUUGUUGAUGAGUACAAGCACAUGUUAUCCCAAGCCACGGAGCCUCUGUCGACCUUUCUGGAGUAUAUCACAUACGGACACAUGAUUGACAAUGUUGUGCUAAUAGUUACCGGAACACUGCAUGAGAGGGAUGUUCAGGAAUUGUUGGAGAAAUGCCAUCCACUUGGGAUGUUUGACAGCAUCGCUACUCUAGCAGUUGCACAGAAUAUGAGAGAGCUUUAUAGGCUGGUGCUUGUUGACACGCCCUUGGCGCCCUACUUCUCCGAGUGCAUCACUUCAGAGGAUUUGGACGACAUGAACAUAGAAAUUAUGAGGAACACUCUCUACAAGGCCUACCUCGAGGAUUUCUACAGGUUUUGCAAGAAGCUUGGAGGUGCCACUGCUGAGAUUAUGUCUGACCUCCUGGCCUUUGAAGCCGACCGAAGGGCAGUUAAUAUCACAAUAAACAGCAUUGGCACCGAGCUAACACGAGAUGAUCGUAGGAACUUGUACUCUAAUUUUGGCCUACUAUAUCCUUACGGUCAUGAGGAGCUUGCCUUGUGUGAGGAUAUAGAUCAGGUUCGUGGCGCCAUGGAAAAAUAUCCUCCUUACCAGUCGAUAUUCUCUAAGCUAUCCUAUGGAGAAAGUCAGAUGCUGGACAAGGCCUUUUACGAAGAGGAAGUAAAACGACUUUGCUUGGCAUUCGAACAGCAGUUCCAUUACGGCGUGUUCUUUGCUUAUAUGAGGUUGAGAGAGCAGGAGAUCAGGAACUUGAUGUGGAUAUCAGAAUGUGUGGCGCAAAAUCAGAAGUCCCGAGUCCACGACAGUGUUGUUUUUAUAUUUUGAAUUGAAUUCACAAGGUACUAUUGCUGCUGCUAACACUACUCUCUUAUUCCAUCCCCCUUUGUGUAAAAUAAUUUUUUGUGUCCCUUUUUUUAUCGAAUUUGCUUGUUUUGCUUCUUUCACAGUUCAGUUUUCAUUAAUAAAUUUGUAUUGAUUUGAGGUGUA